UUCUCUCCAGCAAUUCUGUGUAAAUCGAUCGAGAGAAGAAUAAUAACUUGACAAGUUUUAAUGAAUUCUAACGCGAUCGGACAAGCGGCGCAACGCUUGUCGCUUUCAGUAAUGUCUCCGAUCCGAUACAUGCUCCGUGAGCAACGAUAUAUUUUUAUUUUGAUCGGACUCGCCAUUCCGGCCGCUGUUUUUAACGUUUUUCAUGUGUCGACACCGUCCAUGGUUAAAGAAAUUUCGGCUGAGCCGUUGCAUUCCACGGAGGUGGCGCGUAUCCCUCGCCGCAUGACGUACGAGCUCCACAAUCCGAUAUACGUCAACAUAGGUGGAAAGGUGCCGAUGGGAUUGAAGAGGAAGAGUUUACGAAUUGUGGUGACGGGUGGUGCAGGAUUCGUGGGUAGUCAUUUGGUGGAUCGUUUGCUAGAGCGAGGGGACAGUGUAAUUGUGGUGGAUAAUUUUUUCACGGGUCGAAAAGAGAACUUGUUGCACCAAUUGAAGAACCCCAGGUUCGAGCUCAUUAGGCAUGAUGUUGUUGAGCCUAUUCUGCUCGAGGUUGAUCAGAUUUACCAUCUGGCCUGCCCUGCUUCACCUGUUCAUUACAAAUUUAACCCUGUCAAGACUAUUAUAUCCUUCUAUCACUCGUUCUUUACGUUGAAAAAUGGUUACUUUAAGAUUUUAUAUAAGUUAGUUACUAUAGAAUUCGGUUUAGGAGGAGAUAUAGUUGCUAUCAGAACUCGGUCUAGGAGGAGAUAUGCUUCAAUCACUCGUUCUUUAUGUUGA